GGUCGCUGAAGUCUAAUGCUUGACAAUUUUGUUGCAGAUUAUUGGAGAACCCAGACCAUCUUACGGCCUAAGAAACUGGCCGUUGUGCGGCGCCAGCCGCCGAUUUGCCAUGAAAGUUAUCCAGUUUCUGAAGAACUUCCAGCCUUCUGAAAGAAAACUUGUCAGAGAAAUGGAUGUGUUCGGUGAAGGUUUGGCUUCAAAUAUUUGAAGAGGAAUGCUGCUUGUUGAAAUUAAACAAAAAAUGCUGGUGUGGUGUCCUAAAUAAAAUGAGCUUUUGUGAUAGAUGUUGCUAUGUCAUAUGUUAGUACUUAUUAGCGAUAAAUUUAAUUGGAUUAUAGUUCACGUUAAGCUUUUUUUAAAUUGUGAAGCGAGUAUCACGCAAGUGUAUAAUUAGUAAAAUAGACCCUUAGUUAAAUUCAAAGGGAUUUUUAAACUGUAUCAAUUUAACUUUAAUGUCGUCGAGAAGAGUGCGACGGGAAAUCAAUUCAAAUCCCAGCUUUCCAUGCAAUAUCCUUGUAUUUUUAACUCUGCUUUGAGGUUUACCAUAAGAAAAGAUAAUUUUAACGCGCAAUAGCUGAAAAUAAACUUUGUAACUCUUGUGGAUGAAUAAUUCGGCAAUUAAGUAAUAAAGAAGUGUAAAUAGUCCAUUGUGUCUCGAGGUGACAUUUCAGCUUCUUCGUGUUUAAAGCGAUCACCAGCUACUCUCUGUUAUCACUAUCAAGCUAUCUUCAUCAAACGAUGUUUUCAUAUGAAUCCUCGAUUCAUUUCUCACCUUUUAUCGCUUCGACUCUAGCGUUUAGGAAUUGAAAAGGUAGGUCCAACUUGCGUUUAAAAAUGCCGGUUUGAAGCGUUUUGAUACCCGAUACGUUCCCGAAAUCAGUGCGGAACGAUGACCGGUGAAUAAAUUCGUUAACUUAUGGGUGUCAAGUCAGAAGUGGGAGCCGCUGAGCAGGUCGGGCUGCUGGACAAGGCUGGGGAGCCCAGGCCUAAGAGAAGAAGUAUUGACGCCGUCAGGAAAUGGUCCACUUUUGAUGCUCAUUGCAGUGAGAUUCCGUUGCUGGAGUGCAGCCCGGAGCGAAGAACAGAGCAUUACGACGGCGCCGCUGGCGAGCUCCGUGAACAAUGUAUUGACGAUGAAGAGCACUGUCUUGAUGUCACGCAGGAUUCUGUUGUAACGGAGGAAGAGGAAAAUGAUGGCACGAAUGAAGAAAAGAAAAAGACGUGGAAAUUAUCAUCAGACAAAUCCAGACGGAUUCAAGCGUACUUUGAAAACGAAGAAAUUAGAAGGCAGAGUAGGAGAACGUGCCGAGAUCCAGUUCCGAUUUCAGGUUUGGACAACCGGCUAACUGGAAGCACUUCCUUGUCUAAAGCCAAGACUCUCUUAGGUCGACCUAAGCCUAGCCUCCGGCAAUUGAAAUGUCCGUCAAAUCCUUGCCUUCUGGAACGCCGAACUCCUUCCAGGUCGAACGUGCUCUCAGUUUCGCCUUCAACACAUUCGAGUUUGCAGCGAUUCAUUGGCCCCAAGCAGAGCUCUCUUGCUGGGCUUCCUAACCAAGUGACCACGGCCAAACAGACCCGAUCUUUCGGCUCUAAGAUGGCCGUCAUCAGGAGCAACAGCGAUUCCAAGAGGAUUCAUGGAGGUGGCAAAACCCAAAGGUUCCGAAACUUUUCUCUUCGCAACAGAAACCACGCCUGCGAUGAGGAAGCGGGAGAGUCUGGCCCUCGCAGCUCGUCGCUUCGUCACUCGAAGGCCAACGGCUCGUCGUCGGCAGAGCCCUCAUCGUCAGUCGCCGAGGCCACACUGCCGCCCAAAAAGUCUAACUGGGAGGUCAUCGAGCACUACCACAAGUCCGGGCUCGUCGGCACCUCGUCUUCGCCUCGUAGUCCUAAAGAAGCCAAGUCCCGAUUCGAAGAUGACGAAGAGAGCCUCGUACACGAGCGACGUGGCUGGUGGGACGUGCCCACGCUGUGUCUCCGGAUAUUCAAAUCGUCUCAGUUUAAGAACAUUCAUGUGGAAGUGCUUUAUCAAAGAUACUUUCUUCGCAUGAACCAGUCGAACCUGACGGUUCUUCUGGCACUUCUCAUCAUAGUCAUAAGUUCGAUCAUCGGAGUGUCGGUGUACCUAGCUAGUGACUCCAUUUCUUAUACUACGGUUGCCUUCCUCGGCAGCCUUCUCAUUCUUUAUGGCGUCCUAGAAGUUCUACUUAUCCGAUCAUGGGUGCAGAACGAAGUCGCUUUGUACGUAUUUUCAUAUAUUGUCCUGGCUUCGUUUUUUGGUUUAGAUCUCCUAGUUAUGCUGUUUCCUGAACACCAGACAGCAUCAUCAGGGUUAUGGGCCGUAAUAUUCUUCAUCUACGUGACCUACACAUUCCUACCUCUACGUCUACUCGAGGCUACUGUCGGCGGUGUUCUGCUCGCCGUGCAACACAUGAUCUGCUCGGCGUGGGUGUCGCGCGGGCAGCUGCACGAGCUCGUGUCACGGCAGCUUGGGGCGAACUUGGUGGUGCUGCUGCUGGUGAACGUCGCUGGAGUGUUCAGCCACUACCCCAACGAGACGUCGCGACGCAAGGCCUUCCUUGAGACACGACACUGCAUCUACACCAGUUUGAAAAGUCUAUUCGACCGCCUCGCUACCGAACAUCACUGCCUGCGCAUCAAGCUGCUGGGCGACUGCUACUACUGCGUCUCCGGCCUGCCAGAGCCUAGGCCUGAUCACGCGCAUUGUUGUGUCGAGAUGGGAGUCGAUAUGAUCGAAGCCAUAGCGUGA